CAUGUUACCUCCACGCACCUUGCGGCGUCCCUUCGUCUCAAAAACAUACGUUUCACCCCCUUUUUUCGACUCAAAUACCUUACAUUCGCAUCCAACAGCGCCCACACCAUGACUUUCAACGAGAGCAAGAUUGAGAUAGCUGCCCCGCCAGCUAAAGUGCGCGAAAUUCUCCUCAAUUUCUCUGCUUAUCCAGAAUGGCACACGGAGUGGAUCAAAUCUAUUGAGAUUCAAGAAAAUGAAAAGACCGGCAAAUCUCUCAUCACAGGCGACAAGGUUCAAGUGAACAUUGAAGGCUUCAAGUUUAUUGCUGAUGUCGUGGAAAACACCGACACUCUUUUCUCAUGGCAAGGCCCGCCUGUUUUCACUAUCGCUGGCUUGCAUAAGUUCCAUAUCGAGCCAACGGAAGAUGGUGCAGGCACUAUAUUCACGCAGUCGGAAACUUCCAAGGGAUUCCUAUCUUUCCUCCUCAGCCCAUCGGUACUCGGAAAGAAGCUGCGAGCCGAUUAUGAGGUUUUCAAUCGGGACUUGAAAGCUCGGGCAGAAGCUUCGACCUGA